AUGUUCAUUGAAAACUCCAUCAACGAUAAGUAUCUCCACACACUCAACUUGGGAGCAUUCCCAUUGAAUGUUUUGGAAUUCCAGGAAUCGCAGGAUUUCUUUCAGCAGCUCAUUUUCAUUGAUUACCAACUUCAACUUCUCAUCCAGAAUGAGUUCAAUCGUAAUGAAUUUAUCACAGCCAAGCUGUUGGAGCUCCAAGGCAAAACGUCGCCCAAGGAGAAGUUGGUUCUGCUUAUCAACUAUGUUCACUCCAUCACACUAAACUACAACAACUCCACCAACUCUUACGAUGAGAAGUUGUACUACUCCAUCAUUAUGGCUCAUUUGUAUUACUUGAACUCGCAAGUAACAGAAAUGCAGCAGAUGUUGAGAUCAGUACCGGUUGCUAUCAAGUUUCAACCCAGCGAAUCGCAGACAAAAGAGCAGAACGACUUUAUCCACUACUUAAGUUGUAGAUACCACGUUUUGAUGGGUUUCACUUCUGCUAAAAACGCUUACCAGAUCUGGCUCGAGUACUUGUACCAGUUCGAGGUGCGAUUCACGAAGUCUGAAAUCGCAGCCCAGUAUUGGCUUGACUUGAUGUUUGUCAGAUUAGGAAACCGUUUAACCGAUAAUGGAAUAGCUCAGCUCUCUUUCCAAGGUUUGAAGCUGCACAAGUUCUUUGAUAAUAAGCUAGCUGUGAUUCGUUUCGGCUCUUUUUUGUUGAGGCCAGAAGGAAGAUUGGUUAACAGCAGCUUCAAGACUGAGUUUGCAAGCUUUUUGGCCCAAGACUUGGAGGCAAGACUUGGCAACCAGACCUCUUUUCCUGAUGCUUCUAACUCAAACGACGAGUUGGACAACUACGUAGACAACUUGUACCAGUCACUCAGCUAUCUUCCUAACCAUAAAUCGCUCUUAAAACCGUCUUCGUCUAGGAAGUUUUUGAUAAACUCGACUGCAAAGUCGUACCAAAGUCAAAUUAUCCUUGCUAAUUAUAUCUUCACUUUGAUUGAGCUUAAGGAGUACGACGAAGCAUUUGCUGCGUUCAAGACUUACAUCAACUACUUAGAAAAGGAGCAGGAACAGCUUGGAGGACUCAUAGAAAAUAUCAUGCUAGUUAUAGACCUCUAUGCUACAUGUAUCAUCAGCUUCAAUCCGUUGAACUCGUUUGCAAACAAGUCUGCCGAGUCGAGAUUCAAGUACACUACUCCUAGUACUGUUCUGGCUCAUUUACUGAAGUUUAUAGGUCAGUUGCAUUCGUACUUGAACAAGUUGUCAGCAUUCGUGGACAUGAGCUUUGAUGUCAGCGAUGACGACAAGAAUAUGCCAUUGUCGUUCUUGUAUCGCAAGUACAACAUCAACAUCUUGCAAACAGAUAAGUCGCAAUUCAUCCAGUUAGUCUCCAAAGCAUGGUAUGCCAUUGGUAACUACUACUACAACUUGUCAGUGUACAACUCGGCCAACGAAGAAGCACUUAAGGUCAACACCGAGAACGUUUUGAGUAACUACAAGAACAGUUUGAUUGUCAACUCUACCGGAAGCGAACUUUAUUUAUUUAGCUAUGCCUUGGCUCUUUCCAACUCUAAUCAGUUGCAAGCUUCAGCCAAGUUGUGCAAAUUCAUUCUCAAAAAGUAUCCGGAAUCGUUCAAGACAUGGAACUUAUUGGUCCUUCUUCUCUCUGCAUUUGAAGCCAAUGAUCCGGCUGCUGAGAUGCCUGCUGUUCCUGAAAGAUUACAAAGUGCUCCUUCACCAGAAGCGGACGGCACUGCAGCUGAUCCCAGCUCCAAUGGGUUUACGAGUGAGCAUUCGAUCCAGGUGAAGAAACGAUCAUUGACUGAACCUGAGAAGUUUGUCAAUAACGCGUUAAACAUUGCAGGCUUGUAUGUCUUAAAAUUCAAGCAGAAGGACAUCAAAUUAUCGCCAGAGAUCAAAUAUGAGAUCUUGCAGUUGAAGUUGACCCAGUUGGCAGUCUGGGAACAGAUCCACGGAGUCAGCUACAUCCUAGAGUAUCUUACUGAGGUGUUUGUGUUGUAUCAUGAGCUCUUCGAAGUAGAAUUAGAAGGUGGAGACUUCUCCAACGGCCACUCCAAUGGAAGGGCAACUACUGGUAACAAAUGGUCUCAUAGACCUAGCGUAAUGGACUCGUCGCCCGCUGCUGCUGCUAAAGAAGCUGUCAGCUCCAGCACUAAAGACAGACUCUUGAACGUGGAUAGAAUCAAGAGAAUCUCGCGACUCGUACCUAGCAAACGGCAACGCCAUGAUGCCUCUAGCACUACGUCUAGCUCUGUCAAGUCCAACCACUUGGAACGUAGAAUACUCCAGGACCUUUGGUUGUGGACUGCUCGUAUCUACUUAAAAAUUGGUCUUCUUGAAGAUUGUGAGCAGUGCAUUGUAGAAGCUGAGACCAUCUACCAACCCAACAACAAGACAUUUACGACGUUGGGUUAUCUUACUUCUAAGAACAGAAAGUUCUUAGCCUUGCAAGAAUUCGAGCGUUCGUUGGAAAACUUCGAAAAGGACGACCCUUACAAUCGUAUCGACUACGGCUACUCGUUACUUGGUCUCUGUAAAUUGUUUUUGAUUGACGACGAAAAAGACAACUCACUAUUCAUCUCGGCUACCGACGUCAACGCUGGUAUUAUCAGAAUGAAGAACUUGUUGGAGAAAUUCAGCUUGAGCUGGCCGUACGGACAGAACAGCCCUGAGGUCUGGCACUACUUGCUGAAGAUCUACGAGAUUGUUGAUGACAAGACUUUGUUGACCAAGAGCUUGUGGAAGUGUGUUGAGUUAGAGGACUACAGACCAGUUCGGAGUUUUGCUGUGUGUAAUGAUUUCAACUACUGA